CGGGCUGGUCACGUGCCGGGGGGCGGGGGGGAAUGUGGGCGUGGCGUGGCGUGGCGGCCCGGAGGGUCACAUGACAGGGGCGCGGGCCGGGGGCUGGUGGCGCGCGGCGGCGGCGGCGGCGGGCAGCGGCCAUGAGUUUUCUUGGAGGCUUCUUUAGUCCCGUUUGUGAGAUUGACGUUAUUCUUAAUGAUGCUGAAACACGAAAAACGGCAGAAAUCAAAACAGAAGAUGGUAAAGUGGAAAAGCAUUUUCUCUUCUAUGAUGGUGAAUCUGUUUCAGGAAAGGUGAACAUCUCCUUUAAACAGCAUGGGAAGAGACUAGAGCACCAAGGAAUUAGAAUUGAAUUUGUAGGACAGAUCGAGCUCUUCAACGACAAAAGCAAUACUCAUGAAUUUGUGAACUUAGUGAAGGAACUUGCCUUACCUGGAGAACUGACCCAGAGCAGAAACUAUGACUUUGAAUUCAUGCAGGUUGAGAAGCCAUAUGAAUCAUACAUUGGUGCCAACGUCCGACUGAGGUAUUUCCUAAAAGUGACAAUAGUGAGACGACUGUCAGACAUGGUGAAAGAAUAUGAUCUGAUUGUUCACCAGCUUGCUACCUACCCAGACGUAAACAACUCCAUUAAAAUGGAAGUAGGCAUUGAAGACUGUCUUCAUAUAGAGUUUGAAUACAAUAAGUCAAAGUAUCACUUAAAGGACGUGAUUGUUGGGAAAAUUUAUUUCCUCUUAGUGAGAAUAAAAAUUCAGCACAUGGAGUUGCAGCUGAUCAAAAAGGAGAUUACUGGAAUUGGACCUAGUACCACAACAGAGACUGAAACCAUUGCCAAGUAUGAAAUAAUGGAUGGUGCACCAGUUAAAGGUGAAUCGAUUCCUAUCAGACUGUUCUUAGCAGGCUAUGACCCAACCCCUACAAUGAGAGAUGUGAACAAGAAAUUUUCAGUGAGGUACUUCUUAAAUCUUGUGCUUGUGGAUGAAGAAGACAGACGAUACUUUAAACAACAGGAAAUAAUUUUAUGGAGAAAAGCGCCUGAGAAGCUGAGGAAACAACGAACAAACUUUCACCAGCGAUUUGAAUCUCCAGAAUCACAAGCAUCUGCUGAACAACCUGAAAUGUGAACUGGUAGGAGGUGAAAAACUUUGCAAUGCUUCAGCAGGUUAAAGAUGGCAGCAGCCUGUGGGGAAAGAAGGCCAAAAUUCCCAUUACAACUGUCUUCCUUCGUCUUGCAGUGCUGCAUUUACCAUACUACUAAAACAUUCUUCAGUUAAACAUUCAAGUAUGUAUAUACCUUUAAAAUAAAGUGCUUUCUCAAACACUGGAACUUUCUUAAGCUAUUUUAUACUGCACAUUUACUUUUAUUUGGUAAUGUUAUAUGCACUUGGAUAUGCAUAAGCUUAAAUCUAGUUGUUUCCACGCAUGGUAGGCUGGUGUAUUUGAUUUUGCUGAUCACCUAUACAGUGAAAACAAAAGCAUUUCCCUUCUCAUGUUGUUUAUUGCAUGUCUUUUUCCAAUGUUGCUUAUUUGCAUUUGUUUUGUUUUGAAAUGGCAGUAAGGCAAAUGACUAAAUCACACUAAAAAGGUUUAUGGUGGACUUGUCCUAAGACUUCUAAUCACUAUAUUAGACAGGGUUUAACUCAAGCUGCAUGUAUAUGCACUAUGACUAUAACUGGAGCCUUCAGACACCUUACCAAGGUUUCUAAGAAGCUUUGAAUUUCAGUAGCAAAGAAUGUUAGAAAACAUCUUUGCUCUCUCUCCCCCCGGUUCUGACUUUGCCAUUCUUCCCUUAAGCCUUUCAUCUGAGUCGCUCCUGACUGUUGGGGGUUCAUUGCCCGGUAACGAGUGACUUUGGAGAUGUUCUCAUGAUUUCACCUUUGGGUGGCGAGUGGGUAAAGUAUCUGAACGUAAUUCUUUCUCUCGUUGAUGAAAUAAACUCUAGUAACAUUGAUUAUUUUGCGAAUACACAAAAUGUGGUUCCUCCUGGUUUCAUGCUUCUAUUGUCUUCAAUUUUUCCUCAUUGUCUUGAUAGGAAAGGCAAAACAUCUUCAAAGGACAACCUCUUCCUCAUCCAUCUAAGCCCGUGAUGAGGGUAAACAUGCUUCUUGUGCUCUUCUAGAAAGGUAUUUUCAAGCCAGGCAAGCCUCAAAACUGUUAGAAGCUUGUCUAGCACAGCAAAUUGUUUGUCUUGAUCAUCUUGUAUGCAUUUAGUGUUUGAAGAAAUAGCUUAAAUGAGUUAGCCUUCAUCUACUCACAGUUGAGCAUGUAGUCUGUUAUCAGACAUGUGGCUUGGGCAUAAACUGAAGCCUGCUGUGUGGAAGGCUACUUGCGCUUGUAGUUCACUUGGCCUUUAAACCAAGACUUCUCAACUUCAGUGCAAGUGUCAUUGGUAACCUUACUUUAUGAGUAAGCAAAUUACUGAAUUACUUUUCUGUAAGAACUGUUUUAUUACUGUGGCACUUUGAUAAAGCAGACAAAGAUUCUGUGUACUUUAUGCUAGAAUACUUCUCGUAAUAUGAAUAUCUUUGAGAGCAAAUUUAAUUCCCUCAUGUAAGUGCCUGUAUGGAAAUUUAAAAGAAUAAAGUAAAAAGCCAAAUAUUUUCAUGGUCACUUGCAUGUUGUUAUCUGGAGACUAUUCUAAGAGAUUUUGAAAACUGAUUGUAUUUAACCAGCCUCAGAUUGUGCAACCAUGUAUAGUAAACAAGAAACAUACUGAGCUGCUCUUUCAAUUAUUAAAAUAGCUGUAUUCUCA